AUGGGCAUUCUCUCUUCCCCCCCCAGCGAACCUGCCGUCGCUGCGGCAGCUGCAGCAGCAGCGGACGCAGCAGCAGACGCGGCAGCUGAAAAAGCUGUUGGCGUCUCCACAACAGCAGAAACAGCAAUCACCUCUGUACCCUCUGGGGCUACAGAACUGGAAUCCACGGAGCCCUGCCCCCAGCUCGACGCUUCAGAUGAAGAACCCCAGGCAACCCCCACAUGGGGUAGCAGCAGUGGCGAGAAACAAAACCUAUCCGAGACAAACGCUGACGGAGUGCAUGCGUUCGAGGACCAAUGCGCUUCAGGAAACGAGGAGCAACAGCUGCAGCAGCAGCAGCAGGAUACGAACGGAUCUGUUAAAAAGGAAGGCUCUGUUUUUGAAUGCGCAGCAUGUGGAAAGGAGCAAACAAACGGCGUUAUCGCCGAUGAUGAGACGCAGAGGCAGAUAUGCGAUGCAUGCAGCAGCAAGAUGCGGAGCGACAGCAUGCAGCAUGAACUGCAGGGGGAGGAGGCGAUUGAGCCCAACCCUCAAAAGGAGGAAGCAGCACCUGUAGCGACGACCGCCCUCGAAGACGCAGGAGCCACUCCACAACGCCGUCACACACAAACAGAAGGGGCCGAUGAGACGUCAGCAAAAACAGCAGCAGCAGCGCGCAGCAGCAGCAGCAGCAGCAGCAGCAGUGGGUCGAGCGCAGCUUCUAGUCGUGUGCGGGGUGCUUCUGGUUUGGCCAGCUCAUCAAGCGCUGCAGCAACAGCAGGAGCAGCAGCACCAGGCGCAGCAUUCCCCUCUGCAGCAGGAGGAGCAGCAGCUCCUCGUAAGUGCAUCGAUGAAGGUUCUGUUCGUCGUCACGUGGUGCCUGUAGGGCCUCGCCAUCAGGUGCCUUGCCUGCCUCCUUUCUUCCUUGAGAAUUCUGGUUUUGGUUGCUGCUGCGGUGAGGCUUCUCCUGCCUUAGAUCCGAGUCUAACAGCAAAGUUGGUGUAUUCUCCUUCUUCUUUGGAGCGGGUGCGACAGAGGCGGCUGGCGGAGGGGCUGGCAGACCGCGCGAUCUGCACAGAGGGGGAUAUGGAGGCGUUCAUGCAGCAGUGUGCAAAAAACUGGAAAGGCAAUAAACCUGGAUGGCAGCCGUUUAGCCCGGAGUUUGCAUUCAAACUGCUGCAUUACGCUGGCUAUGAUCCUGCAAAGGCGCUGCAGCUUAUGGAGGACCCUCAAUUCUCAUUUCAGCUCGUGUGCGAUGGGCCGGUGAGGCGAUAUGAUAACAAGUGGAGGCCAAAAGACAGAAGAGGAGUCAUCUCGCCCACCCCCUACCCGCCCCCAGUCUUCCUCAGGGGUUACCUAUCACGCCGACACUACAGAGACAGCACGGGCUAUUCGCUUCGUUAG